AUAACCUCACCUCAGUGUCGGUUCUCUCGCCAUGAUACAUGGACCGGUGGAAAAGGGCGCGACUACGACGGGUGCUCGGGCUCCGCCGCAGCACCGUGCUGCUGGGGUGUUUCGUGCUCGGUUACAUCGUGUACCUGGUGGCCGGGGGUGUGGUGUUCGCUACCCUCGAGGGCCCGGUGGAGUUUCAGAUCAGGAGCGAACUGGACCUCAGCAUCUCCAAGUUCAAGCUGCGAUACCCGAAAGUAUCAGAUGACGAUUUGGAGUCGCUGAUUGAGGAAGUUGUGCGAGCCAGCAACAGAGGUGUGUCUGCAGCAAGAAAUGUCUCCAGUGAGCCUAACUGGAGCUUCGGCCAGUCCCUCUUCUUCUCCAGUACAGUGGUUACAACCAUCGGGUAUGGUCACGUGACACCAUUGUCCAAGGCAGGCAAGAUGUUCUGUAUGUUGUAUGCAAUGCUGGGAAUACCUCUGACUCUAGUGUUGCUGACAGCUCUAGUAGAGAGACUUAUGAUCCCAACUACACUAUUCCUUCAAUUUCUCAAUAGCAGGCUGGGACAUCUCUAUCAGCCAUUCAACAUCCGUGUACUACACCUCUUCAUCAUCGCCACUUGUCACAUCGGCCUGAUGGUGCUCAUCCCUGCAGCUGUGUUUGCCAGUCUGGAGCCAGGCUGGGACUAUCUGGACUCUCUCUACUACUGCUUCAUCUCUCUCACGACUGUGGGUCUUGGAGAUUAUAUUCCAGGCGACUCUCCAAACCAACCUUACCGCCCGCUCUACAAAGUUGCCACCACCGGUUACUUGCUGAUUGGUCUGACGUUUACGAUGCUCACCCUCACUAUUUUCUACGACAUUCCGCAGCUCAACUUCGGAGUUCUCUUUCUGCGACGUUCGGACGAGGCUACAACGGAUCCUGAGAAGGUUCGGCUUCAAGCUCCCGGAAAUCUGGGACCUAAGUACACUCAACAGCAUGACCAACACAUACCAGUCAAAAUGGACACCCCUAGCCCAGAGGAAACUACCCCUGUACACGCCCGCCCUUAGAUCCACCUUAAGCUCAUUAAAGUAUUUUUGUACUCCAAAUCUCAAAAUACACUUUGUGGACUAGAUGGAAUCCAUGUUGAAAUGUGAUAGCCUAUGUUUGCUUUUUUACUGCUUCAGAUUUCUUAGAGUAUUUAUUUUUUGUAAAUACACCAUUGGAACUAAGAAUGGGUUGUAAAUGUGAAUGAGAAAAUGGUAAGCAAUAAGGUAAUAAGGUUUCGUGGAGAUUAGGAGUAAAAGAUUGUUUUAAAGAACCAAUUAUGUGAAGCUUUAAAAUAGUUUCCAUCCACCUCUACUUUUCUCUAUAUGUAAAACAGAGUAGAGUAGUAGAGCAAUAAUCUCUUGGUAUCUGAUAUUUGUGAUAUGUACAACAAAAUGUUGCUAUUUUAUCAGUAGGAGUAGAAUAACAGAGUGUAUGAACGUCAUUAAUGCAUGCGGAAAAUUUAUUAAUAUUGACCUAACACCAAUGAUUGCAGGCUUUUGAGCUUUAAAACCUAUAUGAUUAAAUGAUUUAUUUUCUAGUCUCUCUGUUGUUUUCUUUAAUGACGCAAUUAUACAACAUCUCUGUCGAUAAUGCUUAGUUUUUGUGAUUUGAAUAUUUAUUUUUUUACUACUAGCUAAAAAGAUCUAUAGUAUAAAAUAGAACUAUGCAUCUAUAAUAGCUGAAGUAUUCUUGUAAGAUUGUAGUGUUUUAGAAUAGUAUCCAUAUUUUUAGAAGUUGUACAAAAUGUCAUUUUAUGGUUACAUGACUAUUGGCUGAAAAUUGUGUGACAAAUAAAACUCUCUAAACUGUUGAUAA